GCGGCGCCCGGAGCGGGCCGGCGGCGGCGGCGGCGCUGCUGGGUUUCCAUCUCUUCGCCAUGGCUGUCACCUUGGAGGUCUCAGUGGGGAAAAACCACCUUGUGAUGGCUCUGAACGGCUCAGAAGUGCAGCUGCCCUGCAUCUUCACCACCUGCAUAGGCUUCAAGGACCUUGACUUCACUUGGUAUUACAACAGCACUGAAGUGAUAUACCGUGGGAAUAUAAAGAACAAAGCAUCCGAGCCGACGAUGCUGUAUGCAGACCCUCGGGUUCGGUUAAUUGGCACAACCACUGGGAGGGAAAACAACAUCUCCAUCUCCAUAUUUGUGGACUUUGACAAUGCUGGGAAGUACACCUGCCAUGUGAAGAACCCAAAGGAAAUGAAUGCUGAACACAAUGCCACCAUCAUCCUCAAGGUGGUCCAGGAGAUGGUACCCGUGGACAACACGCUGACGCGCAUCAUUGUGGGAACCGUGGGCGGGCUUGUCGGCCUCCUCAUCCUCAUCCUCAUCAUCAAGAAAAUCGUCCUGCUCAUCCUCAAAAAGUCUCAGGAGAAGAAGAAGGAGUGUCUCGUGAGCUCCUCAGGGAUCGACAACACUGAGAAUGGUCUGGCAGGCUCCAAGGCGGAACAGAAAGCUCCACCAAAGGCAUGAAGCAAACUCAGUCUGACCCACGAGGCAGCAAAACUCUAAUGGCGGGGGGAGGGGAAAUCUAUUGUAUUUUGAAACUAACCAUGUUUGAGCCAUCUCUGUAUUACACACAGGCCUGCAAUUUGCGCCGCUUCUCAGCCCAGACUUGGAAUGCUGUGUGGCCUGGGAGCAGGCAGCUCUAUUCUCUCUGGGAGGAAGUGGGUACUCCCUGCGAUGGAGCUUGAGCUGGGGUGGGUGUGUGUUUUCACGUGGUGCAUGCGAAAGAGCGGCUGGGUUGUCACACACAAACGGCGUGAGGGCACUGAGCAGAAACGGUGUCUUGCGAAGUUGAGAGGGGGUGGGUGUCUCCUGCCUGGCUGCCAGGGGUGCUAACCUCUGGGAGGAGGCUGUGCAUCAGGCAGAGGGCAGCUAGUUCCUGGAGCACAACUCGCUGGAGUGCAAGGCUGCAUGGAAGACUAGCAGCAGAGAGAGAUGCUCCUGUCCCUGCCUGAGCAUAGGGCUGGCUCAAGGAGGAAGGGGGCUCUGCUGCCAUUCCAAGCACACUUCUGAACCAAAUGCCCAAUGCCAUCUUUACCAAGCCUGGCUUUAAUCUCUUUUCCUAACUGGAUGAGGUAGCAGCGGGGGCCCCUGCUGCUGCUCCUGGGAUGAGCUCUCCCUCCCCUGCCACUUCCAUUCCACCCCAGCAGCUGAGCUGCCCACUCAGUCAGUCUGGGCUUGUGCAGCUCUGUGGUACAGUCACCAGCUGCAGUUGGUGCCAAGGGUGGAAUACGCUGCAGCCAGGGGUGGCUGUAGUCACGGGGGGGCUAUGUCCGUUAGUUACAUACAGCAGCCAUUCACCUGCUACCCUUUGUGAUUGCUAUAGGCCUGGAUCUCCACUGCCUUGCCCCUGGUGUCCUCACUUGCACUAGUGCAAGGGGAGUGCAGAGCACUGCCAGUCUGACUUCCUUUGCACAUGGCUGCACAAGGUGCACAGGUCCUUCGUCUGGCUGCCUGGCAAACCUGCCCUGUGAGCUCUGUGUGGAAAAGCUGGGUCAAUAGUAAAGUGUUGGAGGGAGUAAGGGGAAGGAUUCAUUCCUCUCCCUGCACUUUGUCACUAGCACUCACCUGGCUCAUGGUGAGGGCACUUGUUCUGCUCUGGGGUGUUCCCUGUCCUGCUGGCAGCAGUGCUGCUUGUGGGGGAAGGGCAGCUGGGACACUCGUGUAAUUCUUGUUCUCUCCCUUCUGGAGGGUCCUUGUGACUCUGCAAGACACCAUGGUGAUGGGCGUGCACCUGGAAGGAGGCAGCUGGAGUGACAAUCUUCAGGUUUCUGACUGUCCUCCUGGGACAGAGGAAAUAUUGACAAAGUGCAUCUGAGCCCUCGAGCUGAGGGCAGUGGCUGGUUCUGUGUCCAGUGCUGGCUGUGCUUUUACCUUCAGAAAUCUCGACUCCCCUGCCCCCUGAGCAGCAUUCAGGGGAAAAGGAGUCCAGAUUCUGUGUUGGGUCUUAGCUGGGCUCUGGAGCAUGGCACUGCGAUCCCCACCAGGCUGCAUUAGCAACGUUCCCAAAAAACCAGGCCCACAUUCUGCCUUCUGUUACGUGUGCCCAGACCCAGUGACGCCCGUGAGCUGCACGGGAGCAGCCCCUUGGAGUCCCCUUGCUGUCCCAGAGUGACAGGGUGGCAGUGAGGAUAUUGUCACCCUUCCUGGUCUGGUACAACCCACCUGGCAGAGCCACUCCCUCUGGAGCACUGGAGUUUUCUGUGGAACUACCAGAGCAUCCUUUCGUCUUCCCUAUGCGGAUUGGCUGCUGCAGCCCCAUGUCCUCACUGGAUAUGCUGGUGCAGAAUUGGUGCCACGCUUUGUGACAUCCCCUCCGGGAGGUUUUGUCUCCCACAUGGGCUGGUGAGGUACCAAACAUGUCCUCUCCCUGAGCCGUCUGACACCCCAGUCCCAGCUGCACUGACAGUCCCUUUGGGGCUCAGCCAUCUCCCGGAGCUCUGCCCUAUGACGCUGGUCACAUCUCCACCAAACACAGCCUUGUCUCAUCCCAGGGAACACAGGGCUUUACCAAAGAGUUGCCAUGUUGCUUGGUAACACCCGCAGUGCUGGGAAUAUUUUUGUUUUAGCAGCGAGCGCCUUAUCGGCCUGGGUGCUGUCUGCAUGUCCCUGCAGUGCUGCAUAACCAAGCAGAGCUGCAGGUUCUUUGCAUUGUUCAGCCCCACAGGGGUAGGGAGCACCAGAUUGUAAAGAACAGGUUUGCACAUCCCUGCCACGACUGGGUGCUUUGUGCCAUAGGGAGCAGCAUGAAUGGAGCUAGGGAUUGUACUAAGCAUAGUGUCUUCCGAAGGAGCCAAUCCAGGCGAACUGGGGAAUCCGUUUGGAAUUUGUUUAAAUAGCACCAGCCCCGCAGGGGAUUUUCCUGCCAGCGGAAGUUGGGGGAUGUGCUGGGAAGUGCACUUCAUGGAACGGAACCAAGCGGGGGAACGCUUUGGCUGCGAGAGGGCUGUGUAUUAAUGAGGAACUCCAGCGAUGGGACUGGAGAGCCCGGGAGGCCAGUGCUAGGUGAGGACAGCCCUGAGUGAUGCAGGAAGCCCACCGAAGUCUUUCUCUUGAUGUCGCUGGACUUCGGGUCAGUGCCUCAGUGACUGUGAUCAUGAGAGUUAGUGCUGCAGAAAGUGAAAACGUCCAAGCGCAGGGAGAGUGGCCAGAGGCUGGCUGGGGACGAGGCCGUGGCUCCAGACUGAUGUGCUGGCGUGUGUAAACACGGGCCGCAAGAUUGUUGCUGUAAGGCACCGGGCCUGAUUCUCCUGCCCUAUGCCUACUUUAUGCUGGUUUCAGUUGAGUCACUUCUGAUGCCCAGGAAGUGAGUGGUGGGGUGUGAAAGGCCAGAGAACUGGCGCCCGUGACUGCUGGUGAAUGGGUCUGCCUCCCUUCUCAUGGGUACACCUGCCUGCCCCACCAGAUGCUUCCUUCAGGGGAGAUCGGGAAAUGGGUGGGCGCGGUUCACACCGAACGCUACAUUUCCUUCGUGUUGCAGACCUUAGCUGCGCCGUCUCAUUUAUGUGGGUAUAAAUCAGGAGUAACGCCACGGGAGUCAGUGGAGUAAACCCAGUGUAAACCUGGGGUAUGUGGGAGAAGAACUGGGCCCAAAGUUCUGUCCCCUGCUCCUGUUGCCCCAGUUGCGAGGGGCUGCUCAGGCAGCAGGGACAGAGGCCGGGGAGAGGGGCUGCUCGAACGCAGCUUCAGACAGCAAAGCAAGUGGGGAAGGCGGCUACUUGAGGAGUGGGAGCAGAUGAUGGAGCUACAUUUCUAGGCUGCAUGUUUAAACCCGGUAAGCUGUGGUGGUUCAGUGGCUCCUGUGAGUCGUGUGUUUCAGCCCCGUCCCUGAUGGACAGAGGUCCACAUUCGAGGCUGCACCAACUGCUUGAGUCUGUAGAGAGAACCAGGCAGUGGAGUUCCCAGCUCCGCCUUAAGGCAGGGUGGAGGCUAAGUUCCCAUGCAGGAUUUCUGAGGGCGUUCAGCCAGGAACUAUCCCCGGGGUGGGGUGGGAUUCCCUGUUUUUAUGCUGUGGAAGUGCCGGACAGCUCCUUGAGUUCUGUGCUGUGGACAUGCUUAGGCAUCUUCCCAGCCCGUGCCCCACAACCAGGAAAAGACGAGGUUGUCAAAGUUGCUGCGUCUGCCCAAUGGCAGAAGAAACCAUCGUGAAAUGCAUCUGAACAAAGGUGUUGUGUAGGCCUAUGAGCAGGGCCCAUGCUCUGUGCUGCCUGCCUGCGCUCAUGCCAAGCGGAGCAGUCUGGAAUACACGCCUUGGCUGCACUGGCUCACCCUGUCCUGUGUUCUGCUGUGGCCGAUGUACAUUCAGUUGCUCUCCCCACUGUGUGGCAUGUACCUGGCCGGUUUUCUAGGGAGAAGUUGCCGUAUUUUUUCCCUCAGUUCCGGUUUUAGCCUUUAAAGCUUGGCGCUUACAGUAACAGACAUGGAAGAAGCUGACCUACGCAAAUCAUUUGUGUAAUGGAUUGAAAUGGGAAAAAUGGCUCAUUCGGUUUCCCUUUCCCUUAAAGAAUGUGGAGCUCCAUUCGCUAUGCAGGGAGGGAGUAUGGGCUAGUCAUGGUUAGAGGACUUGGAUUCAGGACUCAGGUUCUGUUCCUGGUUCUGCUGCUGACUCACUGUGUGACCUCAGGCAAGUCGCUUUGCUUCUC